CCUUGCUCAACGGUAACACCGACAGAUUAGGGUUUUGGGUUUAUAACCUCUCAUCCCUGGAAAAACGUAACCUCUUCUUGAGAGAGGAAUCAAUGGCGUCUAGGGUUUCGCUCAAGAGCAAAGGCAAAAGCAGCGGCGGCAAGGGAUCAAAGGGCAUGGAGGAGAAAUCGACCUCGCAGUGCUUGAAGGAGUGGAGCACUUGGGCCAUGAAGAAGGCUAAAGUCAUCACUCAUUAUGGAUUCAUUCCUUUGGUCAUCAUCAUCGGCAUGAAUUCCGAGCCUAAGCCUCAGCUUUACCAGCUCCUAACUCCUGUCUGAUUUAAUCGCUUGCAUGCUCAUAUCGUGGUGAUUUGCCUUCUCCUCUUUUAUUUGUCGAAUCUACAUCGAUUGACUGAGGGAUUUUUAUUUGGUUUAGGACUUAGGGGGUGUAAGCUUUAUGGGUUUUGUGGAAGUCAAGUUUAUGGAUGAAUUAGUGUAAUAUGUGAAAAUAUCCAAUCUUUAUAUAAGGGUUUUGAAUAUUGGAACACAGAGUUUUUGCGGUUGCAUUUACUGUUCGGCUGAUUAGAGUUUUGGUUUUAAUUCUAUAGAAACUUCGGUUACCAGUUUAA